GCGCCGGAGGCUUCUGGGAAGAACUUAUUUAGCGGCGUUUCAGCGUCUGCCCUGGACAGCGAAGCUGUUGCGGUUCCUGAGCCCGAGGAGUGCCUGUGAAGAAAACGGGGAUUUUCCCUGAGUCCUGUGUCCUGACUUGAUUUUCCUUUCUUGAAGUAUUGUAAUUCAGGAUGUCUGCACAGCCAGUGGAAGAAGAUUCAAUACUUAUCAUCCCAACUCCAGAUGAAGAAGAAAAAAUUCUCCGAGUGAAGCUGGAGGAGGAUCCUGAUGGUGAAGAGGGAUCAAGUAUCCCAUGGAACCAUCUUCCUGACCCAGAAGUUUUCCGACAACGAUUCAGGCAGUUUGGAUACCAGGAUUCACCUGGGCCCCGUGAAGCUGUGAGCCAGCUCCGAGAACUUUGUCGUCUGUGGCUCAGACCAGAGACACACACAAAAGAACAAAUCUUGGAGCUGGUAGUGCUGGAACAGUUUGUAGCCAUCCUACCCAAAGAGUUACAGACCUGGGUUCGAGAGCAUCAUCCAGAGAAUGGAGAGGAAGCAGUGACAGUGCUGGAGGAUUUGGAGAGUGAGCUUGAUGACCCUGGACAACCGGUUUCUCUUCGUCGGCGAAAACGGGAAGUGCUAGUAGAGGAGGUAGUAUCUCAAGAAGAAGCUCAGGGAUUACCAAAUUCUGAGCUUGAUGCUGUGGAGAACCAGCUCAAAUGGGCAUCUUGGGAGCUCCAUUCCUUAAGGCACUGUGAUGAUGAUGCUAGGACUGAAAAUGGAGCACUGGCUCCAAAGCAGGAGAUUUCUUCAGCAGUAGAAUCUCACGAUGUUGUUCCUGGCACUCUCAAUAUAGGUGUUCCUCAAAUUUUUAAAUAUGGAGAAGCCUGUUUCCCCAAGGGCAGGUUUGAAAGAAAGAGAAAUCCCUCUCGAAAGAAACAGCAUAUAUGUGAUGAAUGUGGAAAACACUUCAGUCAGGGCUCAGCCCUUAUUCUUCAUCAAAGAAUUCACAGUGGGGAGAAGCCCUACGGAUGUGUUGAGUGUGGGAAAGCGUUCAGCAGAAGCUCCAUCCUUGUGCAGCACCAGAGAGUCCAUACCGGAGAAAAACCUUACAAAUGUCUUGAAUGCGGGAAAGCUUUUAGCCAGAAUUCGGGGCUUAUUAAUCAUCAGCGAAUCCAUACUGGGGAGAAACCUUACGAAUGUGUUCAGUGUGGGAAAUCCUAUAGUCAAAGCUCAAAUCUUUUUAGACAUCAGAGAAGACACAAUGCAGAAAAACUUCUGAAUGUUGUGAAAGUUUAAGAAAUUGAAAAAAAAUUCAGCACUCAGGUCUUUUUCUUCAGAAAUGAAGAUAAAAUUAAAACCAUGAAAUGAUACAUAAUAGUUUGCUUCCCUAUUGACUGUCAGAAAAUCCACUGGGAAAUGUAAAAAUUUUUCAUCCACCAUUAUUAGUUUAUCUUGAGAGAAAUGGUGUCAUACCUGUCUAGAAACUGAAAUUUUAAACUUAAUUCAGGUGUUAAUGCCUAAAUCUUCCAUGUGAUAUUUAUACUUUCUAUUAUUUUUCCAAAUAAUGAACUACCUGAUUC